AUGACGGAUCAAAGUUCAGAAAAUUCUACUGGCCAUGAGUCAGUCAGGCUGCAAGUAUAUCUCGACUGGGUAGAUGCCUGGGUCUCGUCUUCGAAGACAAUAACAAAGACGGCUAUUCUCCAGCCGGAAGACCCAACAACUCUUACAUCAGAGGAAGUAUUUGCUCGCCAGCUGGAGGAUUCAGCUGAUCUUGCACCAGGAGACCCAAUCGAGAUCCCAAGUUUGAGUACAAAUGAAAUGGCAGCAUACUUUCUGGAAGAGAMCCUGCCAUAUCUUCUCAACCCGGACGAUCUCAAAGCAAUCAUCCAUGCAUUUCGUCAACAGUUGGUCCAUAGGCGCAUCAAGGUGGGUGGAAGACUCCCACCUUCAUGCCCUGAGACUGAUGUCUUUUCUGAACAAUAUGAUCCUCGAGUAGAAUGCAAGUGUGUAGGGAAUACACGAGACAACAAGCAAACAAUGACGGAUCUAGCUUCAUGGCAAGAUAGCGAGUGUCGAGCCAUCCGACGCACUGUUAAAGCUGCUCAGACUGUGAUCAGCAGGCAAGCUGAAUAUAAAUCGCAGGGAAUAUUCACCAGUCAAGGGCUAACUGAUGCCGCCAUCGAGCUCUUCCUCUCAGGCAGUGAUCUUCAACCGAUUCCGGAUACCUGUCAAGGUUCAGGUAUCACAGACCCUAUUCCCGAGAUCAAAGCACCUGACCGACGACCUAGCCCAACCUGCGACUCGGACCCGGAUAUCUAUGACAGCCUCUUCCCGACGAUAGAGAAAAUCAAGCUCUGCGCAGAUGCCAAAUACUUCUUCGCAAUGGCCUGUGGCGGUAGCCUAGUUGAUGAAGGUCUCUUGCGAGCCAUUGCUGAUUCAGGAAACGACAUCCUCAUUGGGGAUUAUUGCGAUGCGGCAGAUGAGCAGACACUAAAUAUUUUGCAAAAGAAUGGGGCUGCAGCUGUGGCAUUCUUGAAACUCUGCACUCUUGCCGACGUUGUUACACCAGUCCAAUUUGAUAAUCUGGUCGCUUCCCUGAUCCAGUUUCGAGUACUGGGGUACUACAGGGACCAUACACGAACAGAACUUGUUGGUGGUCUUUAUGGUAGCUAUUACACUGGACUUCCUGGACCGAGAUAUAUAGACCUCGCUAUUUGGGUGGGAAUGAUGUCGGCGUCAUUAGCGACAGGGGAAAAGAUCACCGAAGAAAUGUACCUCAGACUUGCUACGGUCUGUACCUUGUUAAACGACCUAGUCGAUCUGCGAAGUGACACGAUGCGCAAACAAAGAGAGAACCUCAUUCUACGCGGUGUUCGCGGCUGUCUUUGCGGCUAUCUGGACUCCUGUAUUUCACAUUGUCUAACUCUAGCCUGCGAGGCCUUGGAAUCAGACCGAUUGAGCGGACUGGUGGUACUUGGGUUCUGUAACUGGGCUGUUAUGGCCUCUCACCACAAAGUCUACGAAGUCGUCAACGGCGUUCAGGAAGUAAAACGAUACCCGACCUGCAAAUAUGGCUCAAUUGAAGACGAGACAAAAUACAACAACCUACUGAAAGCAUUAGAGCCCUACGGUACUCUUAGAGAAGAAGGUCGGCAUAUUUAUAUGAAACGAGCUACAAUGGAUCAACUAUACGCCGUCAAUCGCCUAAAAUCAGAAACGCAUCUUGCUUGGAUGGCUGAUGUAACGAGAAGCCUUUUGCAACCGGAGACAUUGCGGAAGAUUGUGGAUGUUGUGCAUUUUGAGUGGAGGGGAGAUGUUGGAAACCGAGAAUAUUGCCCUUGA